AGGGCGUGACGUAACUUCCGCUGCGGGUGGGUUUCCGCUCGGGCGGCCGUCGGGAGGGGCUCGGGGAACACUUAGCGGGGCUCCCCAGUCCCUGAGCCCUGGGAACUGCAAUGAGGUCGGUUAGCUACGUACAGCGCGUGGCCCUGGAGUUCAGCGGGAGCCUCUUCCCCCACGCCAUCUGCCUCGGAGACGUCGAUAAUGACACGUUAAAUGAACUGGUGGUGGGAGACACCAGUGGAAAGCUGUCUGUGUAUAAGAACGAUGACAGCCGGCCGUGGCUCACCUGCUCCUGCCAGGGCAUGCUCACGUGCGUCGGGGUUGGAGAUGUGUGUAAUAAAGGAAAGAACCUGGUGGUGGCCGUGAGUGCCGAGGGCUGGUUUCACUUGUGUGACCUUACGCCCCUCAAGGCCCCGGACGCCUCUGGGCACCGCGAGGCCCUCGCGGGGGAGGAGCAGCGCCCGGUCUUCAAGCAGCACAUCCCUGCCAACACCAAGGUCAUGCUGAUCAGCGACAUCGAUGGCGAUGGCCGUUACGAGCUGGUGGUGGGUUACACAGACCGCGUGGUCCGGGCUUUCCGCUGGGAGGACCUGGGCGACGGCACCGAGCACCUGACGGGGCAGCUGGUGUCACUCAAGAAGUGGACGCUGGAGGGUCAGGUGGACAGUCUCUCGGUGACUCCAGGGCCCCUGGGUGUUCCUGAGCUAAUGGUAUCUCAGCCAGGCUGUGCUUACGCGAUUCUGCUGUGUACCUGGAACACAGACCCUGGGCCGCCCCCCACCUCUGAGGGGCCCGAGGAGGGCACUAGGGAGACCCCCGCUGCCCGAGACGUUGUGCUGCACCAGACGUCCGGCCGCAUCCACAACAAGAACGUCUCCACUCACCUCAUCGGCAGCAUCAAGCGAGGCCGCAGCCCCAAGAGCAGCGCCUCGGGCCUCUUUGCCCUCUGCACCCUGGAUGGGACGCUGAAGCUCACGGCGGAGGCGGACAAGCUGCUGUGGUCGGUGCAGGUGGACCACCAGCUCUUCGCCCUCGAGAAACUGGACGUCACGGGCAACGGGCAGGAGGAGGUGGUCGCCUGUGCCUGGGAUGGACAGACGUACAUCAUUGAUCACAACCGCACCGUCGUGCGCUUCCAGGUGGACGAGAACGUCCGCGCCUUCUGUGCAGGCCUGUACGCCUGCAAAGGGGGCUGCAACAGCCCCUGCCUCGUGUACGUCACCUUCAAUCAGAAGAUCUACGUGUACUGGGAGGUGCAGCUGGAGCGGAUGGAGUCCACCAACCUGCUCAAAGUGCUAGAGGCUGAGCCGGAGUUCUGGGGCCUGCUGCGGGAGCUGGGGGUGGACCCUGACGACCUCCCCGCCACCCGGGCCCUGCUCCACCAAACCCUCUACCAUCCGGAUCGGCCGCCACAGUGGGCCUGCACAGGCCUCCAGGAUCCCUCCUAGCUGGACCGGCAGCCUUGGCUGAACGGGGUCCUUCUGAACCUCCCCACCCCUCAAGCCGCCCGUGGUAUUUGCAAGACAGGGAGUGCACAUCAUGGAGGAAGGAUGGCGGCACCCUAGGGUGACUGUGAACUGUGGACCUCGUGGUCUUUCUGCUGAAGGAAGAGAUGAGUUGCUCCUCUGCCCCUUUCCUUGUGUGCCUCUCCCGUCACACCAGCAGGCGCCGCCC